UCAUGUUUCUGUGCUGCGGGUCGUGUUUUGGUCUGGAAAAGGUAAAAAGAUGACAGCCAGAAAGUCCGGUUCGCGAUUAGAGACUGAAAUAGAGCGAUGUCGAUCAGAGACACAAUGGGACAAGAUACCAGAACUUGUGCGACAGCUGUCUGCGAAACUAAUCUCAAACGAUGAUCUCGGGGAACUUCUUCUGGGGGAGGCAAAACUCCAGCAGUACUUGAAGGAAAACCCUAUCAAGCAGGGAGGAGCCAGUCCUCGCAGGCCCCGACAACAACUUCAGGAGGUUCGGAAACACCUGACAGCUGCGCUUGAUCGGGGAAACUUAAAGCCUGAAUACACGCAGGAAGCCAGGCUGAUUAUGGCUAAACUAUGUUACGUAGAGGGUGAUUACAGAGACGCACUGAAUCAGAACGGCUAUGUGAAUCUGGAUGAGCUGCAGCUGGUUGGGGUUCCGAUGUACAGACUUUCCAUGAUCGCCGAGGCCUAUGCCACUAAAGGUCUUUGUCUGGAGAAGGUGCAUGCGGCAUCCCCAUCGCUGUCCAAUUGUAAUGCUGACAAAGACCAGGAGAUCAUCACUUGCUAUGAGAAGUCUGGAGACAUUGCCUUGCUGUAUCUUCAGGAGGUAGAAAAGGCCCUCAGUGCUGGCAUUCAGAACCGCAGUCCAAAGCCUGGCCCGGUCACACAUGAACAGGAACUUGGCUACUUCCUGGAAACUGGACUUCAGAGGGCACAUGUUAUCCAUUUCAAAAAUGGUAACCUUACCCGAGGUGUCGGCCGUUUCCGAGAAAUUCUCCGGGCCGUUGAGACCAGGACCACUCAGAACCUUCGUAUGACUAUUGCCAGGCAGCUUGCAGAGAUCUUGCUGAGGGGCAUGUGUGAACAAAGUUAUUGGAACCCACUGGAAGAUCCCCCCCACCACUCCCCUCUCGACGAUCCACUCAGACACACCGCCCACACUAAGGACUACGCCCUCAGCCGCCGCCCACGUAUCUACUCAGGAGAGAACUUGUUUUGUCCACAGGAGAACACUGAAGAGGCUUUACUUCUGUUAUUAAUCAGUGAGUCUAUGGCUAACAGAGACGCUGUAUUGAGCCGAAUCCCCGAGCACAAUAAUGACCGAAUCAUCAGUCUGCAGAGCGCCUCGCUAGUGUAUGACUUGCUGACCAUUGCGCUCGGCCGACGUGGACAGUACGAAAUGCUGUCAGAGUGUCUCGAGAGAGCCAUGAAGUUUGCCUUUGAGGAAUUUCAUCUCUGGUUCCAGCUUGCUUUGUCUUUGAUGGCUGCUGGGAAGUCGGCUCGAGCAGUAAAGGUGCUGAAGGAGUGUAUCAGACUGAAGCCGGACGAUCCCACCAUUCCACUUCUGGCUGUCAAGCUGUGCAUUGGAAACCUGCACUGGCUGGAAGAGGGUGAGCGCUUUGCUAAAAUGGUGAUUGAUAUGGGUGAGAAGGCAGCUGAAUUCAGGGCUAAAGGAUACCUAGCUAUCGGGCUUGUCUACAGUCUGAAGGCCACAGACGCAUCACUUCGAGGAAUGCAGGAAGAGUAUCAGAAAAAAGCACUGAGUGCUUUCCAGAGGGCACAGAGUCUAUCCCCCACUGAUCAUCUGGCUGUUUUCUAUCUUUCACUCCAGCUGGCUGUGUCUCGACAGAUUCCAGAGGCUCUGGGUUAUGUACGGCAGGCGUUACAGCUGCAGGGUGAUGAUGUUCAUUCUCUGCAUCUGCUGGCCUUGUUGCUGUCAGCACAGAAGCACUACCACGAUGCACUCAACAUCAUUGAGAUGGCCCUCAGCGAGUACCCCGAGAACUUUGUCCUUUUAUUCACAAAGGUGAAGUUGGAGACAUUGUGUCGAGGACCCGAGGAGGCGCUGCUCUCCUGCAAACGCAUGCUGCAGAUCUGGAAGUCCUGUUACAACCUCACCAACCCCAGUGAUUCUGGGAGAGGGAGCAGUCUGUUAGACAGAGCUGUCGCUGACCGUCGCCAGCUGAACGCCAUGACACUGCCGGACUUCAGUGAUGCAGAGACGGCCUCUCACACCUCUUCAUCCCUCUCGGGGACAGAACCCGUGUCUCCUUUCUUUCCCCUUCCAUCUUUCUAUUCUCCACCUCCACCCAAGACCGAAUCCACCCAGAUGCGCAGCAGCCAUGCUUUCUGUGACCACGCCCCCCGUCGACGCUUCUCCUCUGCCAGCAACCUUCCAGAUGCUUUCUUUCAUGGUUUUGACUCCUUUAUUGGGGUUUGUUCUGUCCACGCCACCUCCAUAGCAGCAUCACGGGUGGAGCAGGCGCUGUCUGAGGUGGCCUCGUCUCUGCAAAGCAGCGCUCCGAAACAAGGACCCCUCCAUCCGUGGAUGACCCUCGCUCAGAUCUGGCUACAUGCAGCGGAGGUGUAUAUUGGAAUGGGAAAGGCGGCCGAGGCAACAGCGUGUACGCAGGAAGCAGCCAACCUGUUCCCCAUGUCUCAUAACGUGUUGUUUAUGAAGGGUCAGGUGGCAGAGCUGCGGGGAAACGUGGACGAGGCCAAACGCUGGUACGAGGAGGCGCUUUCCAUCAGCCCAACCCACGUUAAGACUAUGCAGAGACUGGGUCUGAUAUUGCAUCAGUUGCAACGGCACAGCCUUGCCGAGAAGAUCUUGCGUGACGCGGUGCAGGUGAACAGCACGGCCCAUGACGUUUGGAACAGUCUGGGCGAAGUUCUGCAAGCGCAGGGCAACAACGCCGCGGCAACCGAAUGCUUCCUCACUGCCCUGGAGCUGGAGGCAAGCUGCCCCAUCUUACCCUUCACCAUCAUUCCCCGCAGCCUCUGAGACACUCGGCACCAAUAAAACAUCUGUCCGAGAGUCAUGCAUGAACUACAGUCCUCACACACCCAUGAGAGAGCCCUCAGAGAGAGAUGCCUUUCUUCCCCCUUUUGAUCAGUUUUGGAUCGGUCAAGAAGAAGAAGAAGUGACCAACGGACUUCACAGCUGCACUAACCACAUCACGUCUACAUUCUCUCUCGCUCUCUCUCUCUCGUUCGCCCAUUUUCUUUCUUCUGUGGUAGUGUUUUCUCAGUUCAUUACUGUACUGUUAGUUUGACCAGCGAGAAACAUGUAAAGCUCUUGUCAGUCUAUUGAUUGACGCAGCCAUGUCAUCAAACCACAGUGCUUCCUUUUUUCCCCUGAGACAUGUUCUGAAACCCACAUCCCUGAGAUCAUUGUAGAUGUCAUGUGACCCAAUAAUAACACUGACAUGGAGACGGUUGUGUGUGUAAGUGCGCUGUGUGUGUUGGUGCAGAAUGAAAUGGACUGUAGGAGUUUGUGUUUGCGUUAUACGUGAUGAUAAAGGACACCCUUUCGCUGUGCGUGUUUACUUUUAAUAGAAUACUCUACACACUGUUAUAGUGUAUCCGUUACACACACAUAUUAUAAAAGUUUUGUUUGUAUGCUGUAUGUAUGAGGGCCGGUAUGUCACACAUACAAUGAGUCAUAAAGAAACAUCACGCCCCCUUCUGAAUUCAACACUGUACUUUUUAUGUACUGUAUGUAUAAAUCAACUAGAGCAAAUGGAACGGAUGCCAAAAGAACAGUUAUUCUAAAAGCAAAUAUUUUGUUUCUCUUGUUAGAAAGGAUAAAUAUAGUUUUGAAUGUUUUUGUUUGUUUGUUUAUUUUUCCACUUGUCAUUAUUCAGAGGUCAGAUUUAUAUUGUUGGUUUAACAGAGACAUGUUAUAUUAGAUGUUUAUUUAUCUGUGUCACAGUGGCCGUGUGUGGGACGGGUGAAGACAUGUAUGUGUGUGUGUGGGUGGGUGUUUACCUGUGUGAAGAACAUGGAUGAUGGUUGACUGUAACAGAUGCACACAUUUCUUAUCUGUCUUUAUAACGGACAGGAUGACUUAAGCCAGAAACAGGAAGCUUACUUGUGUGUGCGCAGCGUGUCAUUCAUAUGGCCAUUCACACAACUGGAAAAGCUGUUUAAUGAUGUCAAUAAAUGAUCGAUUGAAACGUGA